AUGGGUGAUCACGGCAAUAUAGAUGACCUCACUGCUGCAUUGGCACUCAUUCAACAACAAAUGCAGAAUCAGCAACAGCAGAUGCAUCAAACCAUCCAAAAUCAGCAACAAGCUGCUCAGGAACAAGCAGCCGAGAACGCCGUGCGAGAGGAGCGUGGUCUGGUACAGAAGAGCACGUUCAGCGGCCUCACUUCAGACAUACCAAUGGACCACAUAGAGGCCUUUGAGAGGAUUUGCAAUUUUUCUCGCUCUAAUGGAGUGCCACCAGAUUAUGUCAAAUGCACGCUGUUCCCAUUCUCUCUCGAAGGGAAAGCUUCUCGUUGGCUGCAAUCUCUCCCAACCGGUUCUCUAACCUCAUGGGACCAGGUUCGAUCAACAUUCCUGAGCCACUUCUACACCAAGUCCAAAACUGCGGCUCUAAGGCAUAGAAUCUCCAACUUCAAGCAGAAAUCUGAUGAACCUUUUCAUGAAGCUUGGGAAAGUAACAGAGACUUCAUGACUCAAACCACACCUGGUGCGUUCGCGCUGAUUGAGAACAUGGCUUCGAGUUCACUCAAUAAGAACAAGGAGCAUGAUCGCUCCAAAAGUGUGAACAGUAUAGAUGACCUAGCGGCAAAGGUGGACCAACUUCUUAAGGGAAACCAGAGCCAGGUUUUCAUAAUGGAAGAAGCAACUCCCGAGAAGAGUGCCGGCGACAAGGCGUUUGAAGCUGAACAAGCAGGAGACGAUCAGCAGGAAGUGAGCUACGUAAAUGGGCAAGGGUGGCAGCUGAAGAAUUACCACCCAAACCCUAACAGCAACCAAGGUCAGUAUGCGGGGUAUCAGAAGAACUAUCAACCCCGAACCUAUGUUCUAAGCCAACCACAGAACAAUCAACCUCAGAUGCAGAACCACCAGAACAAUCAGGUCGCUACUUCCACCCAUGUCGCUGUUCCGCAAGAUGAAACUAAAACCAUGUUGCAGCAACUCCUCCAAGGACAACAACUCCAAGGGAAAGCUCUGAACCAGGUCACUACCAAGAUCAAUACCAGAAUGAACCAUAUGUUCGGAGAUUUGAGCACCAAGUACGAUAAUGUCGCAAGCCAUAUGAGACAGAUAGACAUUCAGAUAGCUCAGACUGCUGAGAGUGUCAAGAGGCAACAAGGUACUCUACCUGGUAAAACAGACAAAAACCCCAAGGAGUGCAAUGCGGUUCAGCUAAUGAGCGGGAAGCAACUUUUCGAGCCAGAAAGGAGGAGGUUCACCGCGGCUGAGAAAGGGAAGCAGAAAGAGUCGGAACAACUGCCAGCCGAUCAGGCAGAUGAGAGGAAUAAAGAACCAGCACUUGAAACAAGUUCGCCAGGGCCAGAACAACCAGCUGAAGCGGUGCGCCCAAUCCCAGAGGCUGUUCCUCCUCGCGAAUACAUUCCUAAGGUCCCUUACCCUGUUCCAGCAAGGGCCACUCGUAAGUACAAAGAGGAAAUUAAGUGCAUGAAGAUGCUGGAGGACCUAACCGUCCGACUCCCCCUUGAUGGAUGCAAUCCAGAUGAUGCCCUCCAUUCCUAA